UGCCGUGUUUUACGACGAAACGUAUUUUGUUCCUCUUGUUGAAACGCUAAAAUCCGGCUAGCUAAUCAUUGUCUUUGUGCUUAUCGUUUACGUUUGAAAACGUUACUGAAAUUUAAAACUUCUUACUGUCUUACUGUAUACGAUCAAGUUGUCUGAGACAGAGUAAAUUAGUCUGAAUCCGCAUAUUCGUUUACACAAGAUUCAGGAGACGCCAGCGGUCAGAGUCAUGCAGUCGACCUGAGCCCUGCAGGUGUUUACCCCAGCAACUCACAGGGUCUCCACGCUUACAGGACGUUCCUCUUGCACUGUAAUGACUAAAGCAACCCAUGAGGCAUUGGAAGAGUCCUGCCAGUGGGCCUUCCUGAAGCCAGGGGAUCGCCUAGCCCACUCAUGCCUGUGAUCCCCAUCCCGCGCCGGGUGCGCUCCUUCCAUGGCCCCCACACCACCUGCAUGCAUUCGGCCUGCGGCCCCGCCCGCGCGUCUCAGCUGGUGCGCACCAAGUACAACAACUUUGACCUCUACCUGAAGUCCCGCUGGAUAUACAGCUUCGUCCGCUUCCUCCUCUACUUCGGCUGCAGCCUGUUCACCUCUCUCCUGUGGGUGGCGCUCUCUGCACUGCUGUGCCUGCAGUACGUCUGCGUGCGGGUCUUCUUGCGCCUCCAGUACAAGCUGUCGGUUAUUCUGCUGCUGCUGGGCCACAGGAGGCUGGACUUUGGCGUCCUGAAUGAGAUCUUCAUAUACUGCAUGCAUGUCACCAUGUUCCUGGUGGGAGGCCUGGGUUGGUGCUUCAUGGUCUUUGUGGACAUGUAAGCAUCGCUCGGGACAGACAGUCUUCACGUUUGGGGCAUCACGGAUCUCGGGGAUCUGUCUGGCUCUUCUCCAUGUUCCAUCUGUUUUGCUGUGUUCAUAGACACGGCUGUGUGAAGGCCAGGCACAACCGGGCCAUGCUGAACUUAUUUAAUCAUUUCAGGACCAACUCAAAAGAGCUGAUGAGACCCAGCUCAGUUGUGUCAGAACACACCUUGCAAGCACUGAUUCAAUGUGAUCAGUCUAAAUGUUACAUUUUAGAUGUAAGUGUUUAAUAUUUAGGCUACAUUCUCUAUGUUUUAAGAAUAGGCUAGUAAAAACGCAUGGUAGCUUUAUAACUUAAGUGGAGAAAGUAUCAUGCGUCGUCUUGAGCAUGUGUCAUCAGUCACAACAAAAUGAUGUCCUUUUGUUGGUUUGUGUCAGUGUGUCAAACUGCCAUGUAACAUGGAAUCAUCAUGCGAUCUAGAUUAAAGCUGGAUUUUAGUAAGGUGUUUGUAACAUUUCCCACCCUGCCCUUCAUUCCAGUCUAAUAUAGAGCGAUCCAUUUGGCCUCUUU